AUGCAACUCCAAAAUAGCCAGAUACUUUCCGCGCUCAUGGCCAUAGCUGUCGUCGCAACCAACGCACAGCAUUGCCAGGUUUCAGGCUUUACCAACUGCACCGCAGCUCAAGUCCAAAAGAUCAACAACACCGUUGCGGGAAUCGACUCUUCCACGUCUUUUGAUGUCCCGGUCAAUCAAACAUGCUACGUCACGACGUAUGAGGACUGCAAGCUUGCAAUCGACAACUACGAGUGA